AUGAAAGAGGACUUGGAUAUUCAAGAAAACGAGUACACUUACAUGCUCAUGUACUACACCAUUGCCUUUGCUAUCAUGCAAAUCCCGUCAAACUUGAUCGCACUCAAGAUCCGUCCUCACUACUGCAUCGUGUUCUGCGAACUGGGAUGGACGGCUUUUACCUUCGCCCAAGCCGCGGCCCAGAGCAGCAACCACAUGUACGCCUUCCGCUUCAUGAUCGGUCUCUUCGAAUCCGGCUUCUCGCCCAUCAUCAUCUUCCUCCUUGAAUCUUGGUACACCAAGCCCGAGCUCGCGAAGCGCGUGGCCGUCUGGCACAUUGCGGGAUUCUUUGGACAGGCGACGUCUGGAUUCUUGCAGGCUGGGAUCCACAAGUCUUUGAACGGGCAUCUGGGGAUGGCGGGUUGGAGAUGGAUGUAUAUCGUUUGCGGCUGUAUGUCACUUCCCGUUGCUCUCUCCGUGUGGUGGCUGCUUCCUGAUUACCCGCAUAACACGACCGCGUGGUAUAUCACGGAAGAGGACAAGCAAAUUGCGAUGCAGCGCGCGGCGAAGCAGGGUAAGGCGGAGAUCACGGGAGUUGUGGACAUGAAGCUACUCAAGCGCAUGUUUGGGAACUGGCGAUGGUGGAUCUUGUGCUUGAUGUAUAUCUUCUACGGCAACUCGUGUCAGGCCAACAACUACUUUGCCAUCUACCUUCGCGAGAACGGAUACAGUGUCACACAACGUAACGUCAUCCCGGCGUGCGUCAACCUCGUCACUAUAGUCACGGACUUUGCGUGGGGCUUCAUGUCGGACCUGACCGGCAACAGAACCUUGUGGAUCAUUGGUCCUCUUACGUGGGCGAAUGAGGUGAACAAUGGGAACGCGGAAGAGCGUGCCUUGACUAUCUCCAGCAUGAAUGGACUAUUCUACGCGACCAACUCUUUCUUGCCUAUUCUCAUCUUCCCGCAGACCAUGGCACCCACCUUUGAGCAAGGCUUCCCCUCUAUCCUAUCAUUCGCGCUCGCGGCCGUGAUUUUAGUCCUCAUUGCGGAUUUCUUGCACAAGCGUCAGCUGCGACAAGAAGCAAAAGCUGCUGGCGAACAGUCUGCUUCCGAAACUGUCGUGGAGGGAGAAGUGAACAAGAAGGAGAAGGAAAUGGAGGGAAGACUUUCUGGGGAUAUCGAGCUAGUUAGGAACUCUUCCAACAAGGAAGAUAUGCACGGAUUCUAUACCGCCUCUCUGCCUGGAGGCACUGGCGCAUACGACUUUAGUAAGAGCACCUUCCCCGCGGACAUUGUAAAAAUGGGUAUCAUGUGGCAGGAAGAGAUUGCCGAUUACAUGCGGGACGUGGCUGCUCCCGCGAUGGAGGGCAUGGCUACCGAUAAGUAUGGGAAGCCAAAUUCACCUGGCGGAUACCUCGCCGAUGCGUUCUCUGAUGUUGUUGGAUGA